AUGGCGGCUGGGGAACCCGGGGACUUGGGUGGCUACUACUUCAGGUUCCUGCCUCAGAAGAUCUUCCCAUCUCUGAGCGCCCCAGACACCACCAGCCGGCUCCGCCAGUGGUCCAUGCUGGGCAGAAUCAAGGCCCAGGCGUUCGGGUUUGACCAGACCUUUCAAGCCUAUCGGAAGGAUGAUUUCGUUAUGGCUUUUUUCAAAGACCCAAAUGUUAUUCCAAAUUUGCAGUUACUUUCAGAUUCUUCUGGACAGUGGAUUACAUUAGGAACUGAAGUGAAAAAAAUUGAAGCUAUAAAUGUUCCUUGCACACAGCUUUCAAUGUCAUUUUUUAAUCGGUUAUAUGAUGAAGAUAUUGUACGAGACAAUGGUCAUAUUGUUAAGUGUUUAGAUUCUUUUUGUGAUCCAUUUCUCAUUUCUGAUGAGUUACGAAAAGUUUUGCUAGUGGAAGACUCUGAAAAAUAUGAAGUAUUCAGGCAACCAGACAGAGAAGAGUUCCUGUUUUGUCUUUUUAAACAUCUUUGCCUUGGUGGAUCCCUUUGUCAGUAUGAAGAUGUGCUUAAACCAUACCUGGAAACAACAAAACUUAUCUAUAAGGAUCUGGUGAGUGUUCGAAAGCAUCCUCAAACCAAGAAAAUACAAAUUACUUCUUCUAUCUUUAAAGUCACAGCCUAUGAUUCUACUGGUGUGUGCUACCCUUCAACAAAGAACCAUGAACAGACAUUUUCUUAUUUUAUUGUGGAUCCUAUCAAGCGUCAUGUUAAUGUUUUAUACCAUUGUUAUGGUGUAGGGGAAAUGUCUUAA